GGACCAGCCGCGGGAGAACACCUCCAGCAUGGCUGAUGGACAGGCGAUGGUGGGCGGAGCUGGGGCGGAGUCAGGGGCGGGGAGGCAGAGGUUACGCUGUUGUGUGCGAGUGACAGCCGUCCAGGUCCGAAAAGCAAUGUGGGGCGUGGCCAUGGUGAUAUGCGUGUGCACGUCUUGGGCCGGCUCCACCCAGCUGGCUAAACUGACCUUCAAGCAGUACGAUGCACCGUUUACUCUCACGUGGUUCGCCACUACAUGGAACUGCCUCUUCUUUCCUCUGUAUUACAUCGGCCACUGGUGCAAAAACCCAGAAAAACAAUCGCCUAAACAGAGAUUCAGAGAGUGCUGCCGGUUCUUUGGGGACGACGGACUGACGGCGAAGGUCUUCUUCAGUAAGCUUGCACCUUUUGGGCUGCUGUGGAUUCUGACAAACUAUCUGUACCUGCAGGCUCUGAGAAAGAUAAACACCACUGAUGUCUCAGCUCUCUUCUGCUGUAACAAAGCCUUUGUUUUUCUCCUCUCCUGGAUCGUGCUGCGGGAUCGCUUCAUGGGCGUCCGGAUUGUUGCUGCCAUUCUGGCCAUAGCAGGAAUCGUGAUGUUGACGUAUGCCGAUGGGUUUCACAGUCAUUCGGUCAUAGGGAUCACGCUGGUAGUGGCUUCAGCGUCUGCAUCCGCUCUCUACAAGGUGCUUUUCAAGCUUGUCCUGGGAAGUGCAAAGUUUGGAGAAGCAGCUUUGUUUUUGACUAUUGUUGGAGGUGCAAACUUUGUCUUUUUAGGUUUUGUGCCAAUUAUCCUAUACUUCACACAUGUUGAAUAUUUCACGUCCAUAGGUGAGCUCCCUUGGGCUUACCUGUGUGGAGUAGCUGGACUAAUAUUAGCAUUUAAUAUUCUGGUGAACUUUGGAAUUGCCAUUACAUAUCCAACACUGAUUUCACUUGGCAUUGUUCUCAGUGUCCCUGUUAAUGCAAUGGUGGACCUCUACACUUGUGAUAUCCACUUCAACACAGUGCGACUCAUUGCCGUCUUUAUCAUCUGUCUGGGUUUCCUGAUGUUGUUGUUACCUGAAGACUGGGAUCAAUGUCUGAUCGAGCUCGCCGCCAAACUCAAAAAGCGCGAACAGCCCGUUGAGGUGCCCGAGACAGGACCCGGUUCAGGACUCAACUGGACUCGACGAGCCAGGACCUCCAUGUCUACAUUUUCUCACUGACAGACGCUUCUGUUGAAUCUGAGUGACGUUAAGAAGAAGUUCAUCUGAUCCUCUUCAUCCAACUUUGUAGACGUGGCUAUAUGACACAUAUCAUUUGAAGUUCUCCCUGUUGUCAGUGGAUAUCAACAGUGACUUUGGUCCAUUGUGGGAAACUCAAGAGAGCUGGAUUAAUAUGACUGCAAUAUAAAGCCCCUGCAGGCCUGGAGAAGAUUUCUAUUCCCUUUGGAGCUUCAUGUCUGUCCUUGUGACUGCUUUUGAAGAAGCGGCCCAUCAAAAAAUAUGUUUUCUUUCUAAAAUGACAUCAUGCAAUGGCAUCUUAGUGCAACAUUAAAAUGUAAAGUAAGUUACAUGAUUGUAGGAAGUUACACGCAAGUCAAUGGGUCUCAUUUACUAAUAAUUACGUAUGUUUUUCGUAUUUAUACGCACACUUGAACGUCUCAUGAAACUUUCUGCUUAAUUCACAACACAUGCAUACACACAUGAAUUUGUUCUUAUACUUGUUCUUACGUUAGUGACUUUGGAGUCUUCUACAUGAGCGGCCACAGGUAAGGUAAUUUGCAUAAAACACGCCCAAUCUAGCUCCAUAUAAGGGCUUUUCGCAUCCCAGGGCCACAUAAUUUUUUUGAGCAGUUUGUCACCAAAGCAAAAGAACUAAAAAAAGAAAUCCAUGAUCGUAUUUGUUUUCCAGUUUUUUUUUUUGUAAUAUCGGUAUAUGUUUUGCUUUGCAUUUUUGAUUUGGGUUUUUUUGCUGUUGCUGGAGGAAGCCAGAUGUGCUUUGUGUCCACCGGAGUAACAUAAAAGAAUAAAAAAGACAUUUAUUAAUAUGACAUUUAAUUAAUAUUAUAUGCGCAUCUGUAUCUAAAAUAAAAUGGACCGAGAUCAAGUGAUUGACAUUUGGGCUUCUCAAUACAUUUACAUACGUUUACAUUAGACAUUAACUUUUUUAUAAAGAUUUAAAAAAGUGAGAAAGAAAAGCGAAGAUUUUGAAAAUAAUUAGGCUAUAAUAAUGUAUAAUAUUCUGUAUAUAAUAAUAAUAUAGAUAAUGAAUAUAAUAAUAGAUAAUAUUGAAAAUAUUAUAAUAUAAAAUAUAAUAUUGUAAAUUUUAUAUAUCAACGAUUAUUAUAUACAUUAUAAUUAUAGCCUAGUAUUUUAUUAUAGCGUAUGUGAUUAUUGCGUAUGGUAUUUGUUGUUCUUAACUUUUUUUAUACAUUUAGACGAAAUCUUGAUACAAAACUUUUUAUUGAAUUAUUUGUUCAUGAAAACGUCAACAAAUUCGUGCAUACACAUGCUUAGUAAAUGAGACCCAUUGUUUUGGUAAUAUUUUCAUUACAGUACUUUUAUGAGAUUAAAGUCGUCACACUUUGGAGAAUAAAGUCAUAACAUUACAAAACUUUAUUUUUUAUAACAUUGCAAUAUUUUCGUGAACGCUUAUUUUUAUGUUAUUAUAUGAUUAUUUAAACCUUUCCAACUUGACUUUUCUUUUAUGGAUUAUCAAAACUCCUAAAUAUUGUUUUGGUUGCUCUUCAAUGACAUUAUAAUGCAAGCGGACCAGAGCUUUGCUUUUCAGAGCCAUAUUUCAGCAGUCCAUAUUUUUGCAGCCAUACUGUAGCUUUGUGUUAUACACAGUGUCAUUUGAAUUGAAAAGCAAUUUCUUCUUUUGUUUUCCAUUAGAGAAAGAUCAUACAGAUGGAGAAUGACACAAAGUUAGUAUUGCUUUUUUCAGUGAAUAUUUUUUUUUCAUUAAAGACUCUUACUGGCAUCACCGCCAGUGCCCAUUAGACUAUGUGCCAAACAUGAAUAUCUUGUGUUAAACUGUAUCUACCUUCCUGAAGGCUAAAGGAUCCCAAACUGUGAAACUCAUGUUGGUUAUCGGCAACAUCUUGGGUUACCUACAGGGGGCGCCAGCAUUACAAACUGUGCACGCAGAAGAAGAUUCCUCUUCAGAUCCAUUGCAGUUUUUCUGAAUUACAUGUUAAUCACUGUGAGGGUACUUCAGGGUCAGUAUUGGCGAGUAAAGAGACUUUCAUCAAUCAUGUAACCGUCAAUGGAACCUCAUGUGUCCUUUGAAUGUAUGACCGGUACUGAAACGGCACUUUUACAUGCAUAUUAUACAAUACACAACCUGCACUCAUUUUUCUCAAAAAUGUUUUGUAUUUCUCAAACUUACAGACUGAAUUAGAUCAGCAGGAAACCGCAUGGAAAUUUUGAAAAUAAAUGCUUCACUGCCUUUGAUUUGCAAUAGGAUCUCAUCAGCACUGUUUCCCAUUGUCAUUGUUAUGAUGACAAUAAAUAUGAUAUUGUAUUCCUCUGGAAUUAUUGCUAGACAUUAUUGUAAACCUUUGUAAGGAAUGAUUUUUACACUGAAAUGCAUUAUGAUCACAUUUGAGGCUAAAUGACGUCAAAACAAAUAAAUAAAAAUUCCAUUUAAUAAUUCUGCUUCGUCUGUUUUCGAAUGUAAUCACUUUACAUUUCUACUUUUUUCUGUAAAAUGUAAUAUCAUUUCUGACUGAAAUCUAUGGUAAAACUUUAAACAUGCUUUGAUUAAAAAUUGUGGUUUGCUUGUACAUGUUCAGUAUUGUCACACUGACAGCAUUUGAGGCUUAAUAUUAAGCAAAAAAUUGUGUUUUACGGUAAAAAGAACCGUACCGUAGAAAACUUUUGUAAAAAAUACAGGAAACAUGUAAACAACUUUACUGUGAACAAUACAGUUAAGAACUGUGAAAUAAAGCUUUGCAGUUACAAAAUGGAAAAAACUUUGAGGCAUUUCACCACUUUCAUUACAGCAAAGUUUUGUAUACUUUACUAUUUUAACCGUGGACUUUCAUUAUAUUAACAGAUUUU